AAGGGCUGGCAGAGAGGGAAAAGAUGAGCGGUAGGAUACUGCAGCAGGGGAAAUAAAGGAGGGAGAUGUUCCCAGCUCCUGUAACCACCCAGAGCCAUUCCCUGUAUCGUCCCUGGGCAGAGUGACUUCCCUGGGAAACAGGUGAGGAGCUGAGAGAGGAGAAGCCAGGUCCUGUCCCUGCUGGGUCCCCAGGGUGCUGGGGUGAAGCGAGGCCCUUGGGGAUGAUGUCAGGGCUGCUUUGAUUCUGCUCUUUCCUAGCAUGUGGUUGAGAGACUCUGCUACUGGGAGGGUUUAAAGCUAUCUCCCAUGGGUUUCGUCCUGGUUGGCACCGCGAUGAAAUAAAGUGACCCAGCGUUUGCCCCGAACCUAGAACAUCCGUUUGCAGGCAAAGACCCGGGAGGGAACUGGGCUGUGAAAUGCACUGAAGCCCCUUCUGAACGAUCCCCAGUUGCCCUUCUCACCCCAGCAGGUCGUGGAAUAACAACCCUGUGGCCGUCGCGAGUGUCCCGACCUCCCAGAUGCCGGUGACCUUCGAGGAGGUGGCUGUGUAUUUCACCCAGGGGCAGGGGGCUCUGCUGGACCCCGCUCAGAGAGCCCUCUACAGGGUCGUCAUGCAGGAGAACUAUGAGACGGUGACCUCGCUGGCAGGAUUUCCCCUUCCCAAACCUGACCUGAUCGCCCGGCUGGAACGAGGGGAAGAGCCGUGGGUGCCCGAUCUCAGCAGCCCUGCAGAAAGGGAGAUCCCGAGAGGUACCCGUGCAGGUGAUGAGACGGUGAGUCAGAAUGAGGAGAAUCCUCAGCUGGAACGUCCUGAGCUAGUGGAACUGCAUGAGAUGUUCUCAGAGAGAUCCAAAGGGAACGUGUCCCAAAACAGUGAGCAGGAAAAAACCUGGGAGAGUCAGUGCAUGUCGGCAAGGCAGGUGGGAAUCCAGCCAGGGAGGAAAGCAGACAGAUCCAAUUUUUUGGGGGGCGGAUUCAAGGAUCUUAAGGAAACCACAGCCCAGCAGAGAAUCCACCUGGGAGAGAGAAAAAACAGUUGCACGGCCUGUGGGAAAAGCUUCAGCCGGCACUCAAACUUUAUUUCUCAUCAGCGAAUUCACACAGGAGAGAGACCCUAUACAUGCUUGGAGUGUGGGAAAAGUUUCAUUCAAAGCACACAGUUGAUCAGGCAUCAGAGAGUGCACACAGGAGAGAAGCCCUAUAAAUGCCUCCAAUGCGGGAAAAGUUUCAAUCAGAAUUCACACCUCAUUAGACACGAGAGACUGCACAUGGGAGAGAAAUUGUAUAAAUGCACCGAGUGUGGGAAAAGCUUCCAUCGGAGUUCAGGUCUUACCUCACAUCAGAGAAUCCACACCGGACAGACGCCCUUCAAAUGCCUGGAGUGUGGGAAAAGUUUCGAUUGGAGCUCACGGCUUAUUGCACAUCAGAGGAUUCACACAGGAGAGAGACCUUAUAAGUGCCCAAAGUGUGGGAAAUGUUUCAUUCACAGCUCAGAUCUUCUUUCCCAUCAGAGAAUCCACACAGGAGAUAGACCCUAUAAAUGCCCCCAGUGUGGGAAAAGCUUCAACCAUAGCUCAGAUCUUCUUUCCCACCAGAGAAACCACACAGGAGAAAAACCCUACAAAUGCCAGGACUGCGGGAAAAGUUUUAAUCGGAGCGCUCACCUGUUUAGACACCAGAGACUGCACACGGGGGAGGACUCUUAUAAAUGCCCCAGCUGUGGGGAAAGCUUCAGUCAGAUCUCAGAUCUUAUUUCACACCAGAGAAGCCACACGAGUGAGAAAUCCUAUGAAUGCCUCGACUGUGGGGAAAGGUUAAGUGACAGGUCGGCCCUUAAUAGACAUCACCGAACCCACACAGGGGAGAAACCCCAUAAAUGCCUCGACUGUGGGAAAAGUUUUGACUGGAGCUCGAACCUCAUUGUGCAUCGGAGAAUUCACACGGGAGAGAAACCCUAUAAAUGCCCAGAGUGCGGGAAAAGCUUCAAUCGGAACUCGCACCUCAUUCGACAUCAGAGACUUCACGUGGGAGAGAAACCUUGAGUGUGUCCUCCCUGCAUUCAGAUUGCACCGCUGCGCGGGACUGAUUUCUGUAGCGGUCCAUCAUGGGCAGCCUCGAAAAGCCUAGAAGCCUAAGAAUCCCACUGCAGCCCGAGCAGCAUCAGCCUCUGAGAGCUUGUCUAGACUUGGGAAGGGGGUUAGGGUUAGCUAGCACAACCCCAUCUCCGACCAAACCUCCCCCACUGUUCCUAGUGUCGGCUGACUCGGAGUGUCUCAUUUGUACGGUUCCCCACUAUUAGCAAAGUGAUUGUGAGUCCCUGAGUUCCCCCUUCAGAGACAGAUGGGCUUCUUCCCAACCAUUCUGAGGAUGCCCCAUGCCGUUCUGAAGAGCUGCUAUUCUUUGUACCUUUUUUCUUUUAUAAAACGUGAGUAGAGAGCUGGAGCAGAGAGAGACAAAUGUGUUUUCACAGCCUCCGUGUUACUUAAGGCCGACAGGGUGAGCGGGGGAGGGGGGAUUCCCUCCUUCCCCCCUCCAUUGUCACAGUCCCCCUUGACGCAGCAGACAUGAAGAGUUGAUCCUCCCCCGUUCUCCCGCUCCACUCCCCCAGUGUCUCGUGCUGUCAGCUCUCCGUGCUCAGGAGUCACGCCUUGACUUGUUUGAUCCCCGAUCAGACUGACGAGGGCUGGAUAAGCAAGUGUUAGAGACCUGGAGGGAGAAUUUGAAGGAAUCCCAAAGCCAGUGUGGUUGUUCUGAGCUUAAAUCCACGUGCCCAGCUAUUGGUAAAAGGCUAGAUCCUCAAAGGGACUUUGGCACAUCAAGUACCUAAAUCCAACAUCUAGGCACCACUGAGAUCCUCAAAAGCCCUGCUUAGCUGCUGCCUAACCCUGCAGGUGCCUGCAUUCUCUAGGGGCCUAAACUCCUGCCAGUAAAGUCCUCUGGGCAUCUAAGUUUCAAGAGGUCAUCUACUCCAUCCCGCCUUGCUGGGGCAGGAUUAAAUAUACCUAGACCAUUCCUGACAGGUGUUUGUCCCCCAUGUUCUUAAAAACCUCCCGUGAUGGGCAUUCCAUAACCUUCUUAGGGAAAUCGUUCUAGUGCUUAACAGCCCUGAUAAGGUUUUCCUAAUAACUAACCUAAAUCUCCCUUCGUGCAAGUUAAGUUGAUUACUUCUUGUCCUGCCGUCAGUGGACAUGGAGCAAAAUUGAUCACCAUCCUCUUUAUAACAGCUCUUAGCAUAUUUGAAGACUGUUACCAGGUCCCCCCUCGGUCUUUCCUUCUCUCGACUAAACAUGCCCAAUUCUUCCAAUCUUUCCUACUCGGUCAGGGUUUCUCAACCUCUAAUUUUUUUUGCUGUCCUCUGAUCGCUAUCCAAUCUGUUCGUAUGUUUCUAGUGCACUGCCCCAAACUGGAUAUGGUUCUGUAUCUGAGGCCUCAUCAGUGCCGAGUACUUUGGAGCAGUUACCUCCCAAGUCUUUCAAGCGAUGCUCCUGUUAAUGCAUCCCAGAUGGUGUUUGCCUUUUUCACAACGACAUCACACAGUUGCAUUGACAACAGUCUAGAGCAGUGGUUCUCAACCUAUUUACCGUUGUGGGCGGCAUAUGCAGCUCUCUCUGUGUUUCAUGGGCCACAUCUACACAGUAUAUAUACGACCUAUCUGGCCCUGAGGAUGUCACAUGGGCUGCAGCUGUGUACUAAUUGGGCCUCGAGUUGAGAACCACUGAUCUAGAGUCAAUGACUCUGAUUGUCUCCUAGGGGGUCUGUACUGGGACCGAUGUUGUUCAACAUAUUCAUAAAUGAUCUGGAAAAAGGGGUGAACAGUGAGGUGGCAAAAUUUGCAGAGGAUACAAAACUACUCAAGAUAGUGAAGAACCAGGCAGACUGUGAAGAGUUACAAAGGGCUCUCACCAAACUGGGUGACUGGGCAACAAAAUGUUAGAUGAAAUUCAGUGUUGAUAAAUGCAAAGUAAUGCACACUGGAAAAUGUAAUCCUAACUAUACAUAUAAAAUGAUGGGGUCUACACUAGCUGUUACCACUCAAGAAAGAAAUCUUGGAGUCAUUGUGGAGAGUUCUCUGAAAACAUCCACUCAAUGUGCAGCAAUACUCAAAAAAGCUAACAGAAUAUUGGGAAUCAUUAAGAAAGGGAUAGAUAACAAGACAGAAAAUACCAUAAUGCCUCUAUAUAAAUCCAUGGUGCGCCCACAACUUGAAUACUGUGUGCAGAUGUGGUCGCGCCAUCUCAAAAAUGAUAUCUUGGAAUUGGAAAAGUUUCAGAAAAGGGCAACAAAAAUGAUUAGGGGUAUAAAACGGCUUCCGUACGAGGAGAGAUUAUAAAGACUGGGACUUUUCAGCUUGGAAAAGGGAUGACUAAGGGGAGAUGUGAUUGAGGUGUAUGAAAUCGUGACGGGUGUGGAGAAAGAAAAUAAGGAAGUGUUAUUUACUCCUUCUCAUAACACAAGAACUAGGGGCCACCAAAUGAAAUGAAUAGGCAACAGGUUUAAAACAAACAAAAGGAAGUAUUUCUUCACACGACACACAGUCAACCUGUGGAACUCCUUGUCAGAGGAUGUUGUGAAGGCCAAGACGGUAAUAGGGUUCAAAAAAGAACUAGAUACAUUCAUGGAGGAUCGGUCCAGGAAUAGCUGUUAGCCAGGAUGGGCAGGGAUGGUGUUCCUAGCCUCUGUUUGCCAGAAGCUGGAAAUGGGCAACAGGGGAUGGAUCACUUGAUGAUUCCCUGUUCUGUUCAUUCCCUUUGGGGCACCUGGCACUGGCCACUGUCGGAAGACAGGAUACUGGGUUAGAUGGACCAUUGGUGUGACCCAGUAUGGCCGUUCUUAUGUUCCUAUGUUCCCUAUCUACUGGCCCAUCCCCAUGCAACUAUGAACUCUCUACUCAGAAACCUGACCGGGGAAGAGUCCAGAGUUUCUCAGUCUGGGAACCUGGCAAAAGGGGACAGAGAUUAUAUUGAAAAGGGGUGCCCCUCUGUGGGGAGGGGUCUGCCACUUCAUGGGUUUCAGAGAGAAGGCAGGAGGGGCUCUCCCUAGCCUGAAUCACAGACAAAACCUGGAGGAGAGCAGAGAAAAGCAGAGGAGAGAGUGGGUGAUGAGCCGGGAAAUCCGUGAAGAAUUUAUGAAUGCGCUGUGAGGUUCUGAACUUUCUGUGUGCAUCCGUGUCAAACUACAAACCCCAUUUUCAAUUGCCAGGCUGAUCUCUACCUUCCCACUGUCUUCCGACCUCCAUCCUGAGUUAGAAUUCCAUAAGGGUUGCUGGCCCAGGGCUAACAAUGGAGGGUUGUUAACCUUUGACCACUCGCCAUCCACACGGGUCAAGAGAGAGCAGCUCAGCAAGGCAAAGCCAUUUUUAUAGGCCAGAGUCAUCAGGGAGGAUCACUUGGCAACAAAGUCUCCUGGCAAGCAUCUGUGGUGUCCGGGGGAGGAUGUCAUUUGAUUUGGGGAAGGGUAAAUAUUAUAAAAGAGCAGGAGCUGCUUCUUCUUCAGGGCCAUUUAGCUCAAGAAGAGGGGGAAGCCCAGCAUGUAGGAGCCUGAUGAGGCAGGGAACUCUGCCUCCAUACCUGAACACAGGUGGUCCCCCAAAGACUCCCAAGGAUAGGGUGAACUACCGAGGGGCACUGCACUGAGAAUGCUUGUUGUGUUCUGUAUGAUCAUGUGUGCUUUAGCCGUUAAGUAAAAGAGCCAUGGUUUUCCCUGUGCAAAGUGUAUGUGUGUGUUACAUAUAGGCUUGGAAGGACUUGAUUUUUAUCGGUAAAUGUUGAUUUCACUGUACGCACACAAAUAGAUGUAAAAUAGGUCAAUCGAAAACAACUUGAAAUUUAUGACUAGGCAAAGUAAGAAAAAUGCUCCUUGAGAAACUUUAGAGGCCAAAUCCAGGUAUUUAAACCUUUUCAAUUUUGCUUAUUUCAAAAGGAGCAGGGAACGAAUAGUAAAAACAAGGAUGAUUCGUUGAUGUAAGGAUGUGUAUUCUGUAUAUUUGGAUGUGUAAUGCCGACAAUUUGUGGUUUAAUGGUUUAUAAAAGUUUUAACUUUUCGACUCUC